AUGGCUAUCGACUUCCUGCUGUUACACUACACAACACGCUUGAUCGUAUUCCUCCUCGAUUGGUGUCUGGCGAUCCUGGUGCUGCGCAUUGAACAACCUUAUCUUCUGUCUGCCCUGCGUGCUUGGCUGGCGUACCGAGAUAUAGUGGUUGGUUAUCUCCUCAGUCCGGUGGGGAUGCUCGUCCCUGUGUGGUUCACCCAUCUCACGGGCAGUGAUCGUGUCAGAGAGUCAGAGACUGCGGUGGCGGCCCCGGGCGCACACCAAGUGACCUCGACACCUGGCGCUCCACGGGGGACGCCUACAGAAGACUUGCCGACGCACGGCAAAUCUCAGCUGGCGGGAGCUGACCGUGGGUGCGUACCGUCCGUCGUGGGACCCCAGACCCCCCUCCAUUGUGCACAGAUAGAGCAGCUCGAGGCGGCUUCCGGAGCGGCACAGGCGGAGAACGAUCGGCUGUCCGCCGAAAAUGAGCUCCUACAGUCAACCAUAGCCAGCCUACACAACGACCUCUCUGAGAUCCGGACCCUCAGGGCAGAGCCGGAUCAGGACCUCAAAGUCCUCGAGCAGCAGUCUGCGGAGAGGCUUCGCCAGUGCGACCACCUCAGCAGCCCAUGUGCCGAUCUCACACAGGAUGCCCAACGACUCGAACGACGAGUGGGUGAGCUCGAGCAAGGACUGCUCGGCUCACGGAACUUGGUGCGGCUCUACCGGAGAAAGACGGCCCUGCUGGAAGCGACGUCUCGCGUGCGACGGUAUGUCGCCGCUUCCCUUGACCGCAAAAAUCGACACAACGAAGACCGCAUCCGUCGGCUGACGGCAGAACGAAACGACGUCCUCGCCGCCACGGACAUGUGGAUCAGUCAACCGUGGUUCCGGGACUCCCUCCCCAGAAUUGUGUUCACUGCGCAAGUCGUCGACGCUCGCGCGUCGCUCCAGGAUGCCCCCGCCGUGGCCAGAACCAUUGACGUCUUGGGUGACGGCAUCCUCCAUCCAGUGUCGGGCGCGUCGGCCUCUCCCCGCCGGUUGCACACGUUUGACCACGUCUCUGCCGACACAGAAGAAACCCAGCGAGGUCGACAGGCCUUUGCGGACGCCCUGCUCUCGUUUCAUGGCUACCACGGUCGGGCAAUCUGCUUCAUCGCGGACGGUGAAAGCGGCACGGGAAAGACGUACAACAUGUUCACGAGGCCCGACUCCCUCGCCCGUCGGGCGCUGUACUGGGCCAGGGGGGCCGCGGUCCGCAGUGCCUGCGCAAAAUUUAAUCCGGCGAACUUCAACACCAGUAGUGACGCGACCGCGACCUGUUCUUUUGAGAUCGCGAUCACGGAGUGGCUCCCCUCGUCCUCCUCGAAAGGGCGGGUCGUCGCUUACGACCACCUACGAAAUCUGCCUCCCCGGGUGGAGUUUGACUGCUGCUCUCGCCAACCGCUCGAGGGGAUCGGCAACCCCACCGAGCGGGAGCGGUGGUACGGUGUCGAGUUCCCCCGUCGCCGUGCCGACGAGGAUAUAGGACCAGCCCUCGACCGAAUGCUUGACGAUGCGCUGCAGGAGCGCAGGGCCGCGCCAACGCCACUGAAUGCGUGUUCGUCGCGCAGUCACCUCGUCCUGUCCGUCAGGGUGGACGGUGCCGGCCCCGCGGGUGUCCACGUGAUCGACCUGGCCGGGAGCGAGGUCGCCAUGGCCAAGUCGGCCGACGACCGCCUGGCGGCGGAGAAUGCGUUUAUCCACUCCAGUCGAUAUGCGAUCCUACAACAGCAGCGAGCCUACGUCAGCGGCGACGUCGUCACUCGGGACCCCAAGUCCAUCCCUCAAUGGGAGUCCAUGCUGAAGCAUGACAAUCCCACCAUCGUCUACAUGGCGCACCUGCACCCGGGACUGGGACGCGAGGGCGCCACCGUGCAAAUGCUCCAAGACGUGCGAGACCUGCAGGAGCGACAGGCCAAGCGGACGACGAAGGCCAAGCUGCCGGCGGGCAACCGAUGA